UGAUGGCAGCAGUCUCAAAAACCUCAAGGAGCAAAAAAAAAAAAAAAAAACAUGAACAACUUGUUCAAUCCCAGUAGACCAAGCCCGAAGCCAUGGCCGAACAGGAAGAAGCAAACCAACAAACCCGCCAUUUUUCUUUGCUCCGUUUCCCUUUUUGUGUUCUUCUUCGUAGUCGUCGUCUUCUUCUUCAUCACUUACUCCGAGAUGCCCAAGUCCCUGUUCUCGAUCUCCGCCUUUUCUGGAUCCGUUCAAUUCCCUCAGUGCAGAUCCGAGACACUGACCCGAACUCUUCUAGGUCAGAAGUUUCUAUUCUACUCUCCUCACAGUGGAUUCAGUAAUCAGCUCUCCGAAUUUAAGAACGCGCUUCUUAUGGCGGGAAUCCUUAAUCGGACCCUCAUUGUUCCUCCGAUUCUCGAUCAUCACGCCGUCGCUCUCGGCAGCUGUCCUAAAUUUAGGGUUUUGAGCCCCAGCGAGAUACGUCUCUCAGUUUGGAAUCAUUCAAUUGAGCUUCUUAGGACUAACAGGUACGUUUCGAUGGCUGAUAUUGUAGACAUAUCGUCGCUGGUGUCUUCUUCGGCUGUUCGAGUCAUUGAUCUUAGGUACUUUGCAUCAUUACUCUGUGGUGUUAACUUGGAGACUCUAUGCUCUGAUGAAUUAGCUGAACAAUCUCAAGGUUAUGAAUCACUGAAACAGUGUGGCUAUUUGUUAUCUGGAGGUCGUGGUAAUGUAGAUAAGUGUUUGUAUGGUGUGGAUGAAGAUUGUAGAACCACUGUUUGGACGUAUAAGAACGGAGAUGCUGAUGGAAGAUUAGAUUCGUUCCAGCCUGAUGAGAAGCUCAAGAAGAAAAAGAAAUUAUCUUAUGUGAGAAGGCGUCGAGAUGUGUUUAAGGCUCUUGGACAUGGUACAGAAGCUGAGUCUGCAGCUGUUCUUGCAUUUGGGAGCCUCUUCACCGCUCCUUACAAAGGCUCGGAGCUCUAUAUCGAUAUCCGUAAAUCUCCAAAGGUUAAAUCUUUGGUUGAGAAGGUUGAUUUCCUUCCUUUUGUUCGAGAGGUAAUGAGCGCGGGGAAGAAAUUUGCAUCAGAAACCAUAAAGGCACCGUUUGUUUGUGCACAGCUUAGAUUACUAGAUGGCCAGUUUAAGAAUCAUCGGGAGAGCACGUUUACGGGUUUAUACCAGAAGUUGGAAUCUUUGAGGUUAAAGAAUCCUGGUCUAAUUCAUGUGUUUGUAAUGACUGACCUUCCUGAAAGUAACUGGACCGGAACUUACUUGGGUGAUUUGUCUAAGAACUCUACAAAUUUCAAGCUCCACUUUAUAGGGGAACAAGAUGAACUCGUAGUGCGAACGGAACAUGAGCUUGCUUCUGCGAGUCACGGGCAGAAAUUUGGGUCUAUUCCGAUGAGUCUUGAUAGUAUAAAAAAGAUGCAGAAGCAUUGUUCUCCUCAUGAAGUAUCAAAUGUGCAGCUUUACAUAGAGGAAGCUGUUUGCAGCUGUGCUUCACUUGGUUUCGUUGGUACUGCAGGGUCUACAAUAGCUGAUAGUGUAGAGAUGAUGAGGAAAUACAAUGCGUGUAGUAGUUGAACUCAAGACUGUGAUUUCUAUGAUCCUUGUUUCUAAGAUUGGAUUCAUCUGUUGGAUUAACCAAUGUGGAGUGAUUAUGGUUAAGUUUUUGUCGGUCUUUGUAUAGACAUGGACAGAGAUAGAUCUGUCAUCUUUGUCCACUUGAGGUAUUGGUGAUCAAAAGUGGGUUUUGUGUUGUUAAGUUCAUUUAGGAAACUAUCUACAGUAGUUUCUUAUUAAUAAUAUAAAGCUACUUGUAAUUCCUUUCUGGUAAUUCACACAACGAAUGGCGCUCGUGCCUGAGUGCGAAGACAACAAUCGAAGAGUGGUUUGCGUGGGAUGGGUGCGCUUGGUGGUGAUAAGUGUCGGGCUGUUUUGACUUUUGUAGUUUCGACAAGCUUUGUAAUUUGUACCAAUGUGUUUAAACCGGUUUUGAUUUUGGAACAAAUACAAUAGUGGAAGUGAUUUGGUUGAGAA